AUGGAAAGUAUGAAGAAUAGACCAUUGAAGGAAAGUUUAAAGUUUACAAAUAAAAUGCAUUUAGCUCUUAUCAAAAGAUAUUUCAUGUCUUUAAUUUUUAUAAUGUUAUCUUAUAUAAUGAUAGAAAUAAUAUAUAUCUCCAAGGAAAGCAAAAACCCAAUGAAUUAUUUCAUCUAUAAUUUGGAUCUUAUAAUAUUUGAUGAAUUUUAUGAAAAGGAAUUUUUAAAAGCUCUAUACUUUUAUAGUACUAUUCAGAAAAAUAAAAGAGAUGAGGAAUAUUUAAUAAGUAUUAAAUCAAAAAGGAAAUUGCAAAAUUUUAUUAGCAAGAAGGAAAUAGAUAUAUCAGGAAUUAAUUACCUUCUUUGGGAUUUCUCAAACAUAUCACAUAAUAAUCUAUUAAAAUUUGUUAGUCCUUCAAGUGCUAGCCAAAAUGUCGAAGAAGAAAUUAUUUUGGACCAUACAAUUAAGAACUUAAAUGAAUUGAGAUACUUUGAAACAAAGAUAUAUGAAUCCAAAGAUUUUAUAUUUUAUAUAAAUAUAAAGAGAUAUAUAGAAAGAAUUAUUAAAAAUAUUAUAAUAUUGAAAAUAUUUAUUAUAAUAUUUUCUUUUAUAAUAUUGUUCUAUUUUACGUGCGAAUUAAAUGUCUUAUUAUUUCCUAUAGAAAGCAUAUUGAAAAAAUUAAAACUUAUGAAAUCAAAUCCGACCCUAGCUUUGGAGAUGCAAGAAGAAUUAUUAAAUCACGAGUUGAAAAAUAUACUAAUAAACACAAAAUUGAAGAGGAAAAGAAUUAAAGAAAAUUAUGAAAUUUUAAAAAUGGAAGAAAACUUAAUGAAAUUAGGAACAUUAAUGUUAUUAGGUUUUGGUGAAGCAGGAGCUAAAAUAAUUUCAAAAAAUAUUAAUGAACAAGAAAGAGUAAAUUUAUUGAUCAAUGGUGAAAUUGUUUAUUCUGUUUUUUCAUUUUGCGACAUACGAAAUUUUACAGAAAUAACAGAAGUUUUAAAAGAAAAGAUUAUGAUUUUCAUAAAUUUGAUUGCUGAAAUAAUACACGAGUGUUGUGAUUUUUAUGGUGGAACAAUAAACAAAAAUAUUGGUGAUGCAUUUUUAUUAGUUUGGAAAUAUCAAAAAAAAGAAUUUUCGAAUAAAAAAAUGAAUAUUUUUAAGUCUCUAAAUAAUAAUUAUGAUGAAUAUUCAGAAAAAGAAAAUAUAAAUAGAAUAUGCGAUUUGGCAUUUCUAUCAACAGUGCAAACGUUAAUUAAACUUAGAAAGUCGGAAAAAAUACAUAUAUUUCUAAAUAGUGAAAAUAUGGAUGAGUUAAUUAAAAAUAACAUUUUGGAGUUAAGUUUUGGACUUCAUUUUGGAUGGGCUAUAGAAGGAGCAAUAGGAAGUAGUUACAAAAUUGAUUUAUCAUAUUUAUCAGAAAAUGUAAAUAUAGCUAGUCGAUUACAAGAGAUUUCUAAAAUAUAUAAAAACAAUAUUGUUAUAUCAGGAGAUUUCUACGAUAAUAUGUCAGAAAAAUUUAAAAAUUCUCUUAGAAAAAUCGAUAGGGUUACUCUUAAAGGAUGUAGGAACCCAUUAAGUUUAUAUACAUUUGAUAUAUGUCUUAAUAAGAUUACGAAGAAAGUUAAUAUGGAAAAUUUUGACGCCAAUCCCCAUUUUGACAUAAAACUUUUAAAGGUAUUUGAUGAUAUAAAAAAGAAAGCCGAACGAAAAAAAAGAAAAAAAGAAGUUCUUAAUCUUUCAUAUAAUCUUUAUGAAGAAUAUGCAAGAAAUGAGGACAUAAAAUUCAUAAAGAUACAGUAUCCUAAAGAUUAUUUGGAGCAAUUCAAAAUUGCCCUUGAAUCAUAUUUAAUAGGGAAAUGGAAUGUAUCAAAAAAUAUACUAGAAUAUUUAAAAAAAAAUAAUAUUUUUGAAGAUCAAAUUGUUAAUCAGCUGUGGAACUUUUUGAGUAUGAACAAUUUUCUUGCACCCAAUGAUUGGUGUGGAUAUAGAAAAUUUUUACAAAAGUCAUAA